GAGGCUACAGAGGAACGAAGAAAACAAGGGAAGAGAGAAAGUAAACUAGCACACAGCAAUCUUGGAAGUAAAAAAACAGAGAGAGAGAAGAGAUCUCGGAAUUGGGUCGGGUGCUUCGCCGGUUAGAUUACCAUGUCGAACGCCGCAGCGGUGACGAGAGGGGAGAAAGCUUCGAGCUUUGCGGUGACCUGCAACCUCUUGAGCCAGUAUCUUAAGGAAAACGGCAGAUCUUUGGGCGAUCUUGGGCUGGCAGCUUCAAUCGGGAACAUUAAUACAUAUCGGCCUCCAACUACGAUGAGCCUGUUACCAGGCGUCGACGUAUCGGGGGAUAACACGAGAAAACGCGUAUCGGACCGGAACGCUACGAAAUCUAUGGAUUUGUUCCCUCAACGUUCUGGUUUCAGUCACCAGGCUCCGGCAGCGGCCGCAGAAGAUAAGAAGGAGCCAGAGAAAUCCCAACUAACAAUAUUUUAUGGGGGCAAAGCUUGCCCUCCGAGGCCUCAAGCCAUUGUUUCCGGUAAUCAAUUUUUCUUUGAUGCCCUUUUGUUGAAUUAUGCUAUUGAUUUGUUUGGUUGCAUAAACAGUUAUUAG